AUGCAGCCCUGGGUAUUAAUUGAUGAAACUCACCCAGAGAUCCGACCCAUCACAGACUCCAUUCGCAAUGCGGCCGCCAGCAUCGCAUAUGGCCUCCAGUCCACGUACAAUGGCAAUCAGACCGGCGGCGUCCCAGGCAAAUUUCCAUAUCCGCCUUUCUACUGGUGGCUCAGCGGUGCCGCGUGGGGCGGGAUGGUCGACUACUACCUCUACACCGGCGACGCGAGCUACUACAACGUCACCUACGACGCAUUGGUCUCCCAGGUCUCAGACACCCACAACUACCUUCCCGAGGCUGAGAAGCUCGAUGAGGGCAACGACGAUAUUGCCUUGUGGGCUCUCGCCGCGCUGACUGCCGCCGAGUAUGGGCUUCGAGAGCCUCCAGCGCCGUAUCCCACGUGGCUGGAGAUCUGUGAUAACAUCUUCAACGACUAUGUGAGCAGAUGGAUAGCGGCAAGCGACACCUGUGGUGGCGGCUUGAAGUGGCAGGUUUUUCCUACAAGCGCGGGAUUCGAGUACAAGAACGCCAUCUCCAAUGGCGGGUUUCUCCAGCUCGCUGCUCGCUUGGCGCGCUUCACAGGUAAUCAGACGUACUACGACUGGGCGGAGAGAGUGUGGGACUGGUCCAUCACCAUCGGUCUCAUCGAUACCUCGUACAAUGUCUUUCACGAUUCGGAUGACAAGAUCAACUGCACGGACAUUGACCAUACGCUUUGGAGCUACAAUGUUGCCGUUUACCUCUACGGAACAGCCGUCCUGUACAAUUACACCAGUGGCUCCGACCUAUGGGCGAAUCGGACGACCGGACUCUUGAAUUCCGCGCUCCAGACGUUUGUGUCGCCUUUCCCCAACGCCACUGAUGUCCUGUACGAACAUUGCGAGCUUAGCUGGGCUUGCAACAUCGACCAGUACAGCUUCAGGGCGUACCUGGCUCGCUGGUUAGCCAAGACUACUAUUAUGAUGCCGCAGACGGCAGGGCACGUUGUCCCCGUGCUUCGAGCAUCUGUGCUUGCUACCGCGGGAAUCUGUACGGGACUGGAGAAUGGAACUACCUGCGGUGCAAGAUGGUAUCUUGAUGGGUGGGAUGGGACGUCGGGGCUGGGUCAAUCUCUCAGCGCACUGGAAGUUGUACAGUCAUUGCUCGUCGCUCAUGCUGGCCCACCAAAUCAAGCGCCUACAUGA